UUUCUGGUGAUGCCCUGUCGGCAGCAGGCAUGGCGCCUCCCGCACGCUACUGCGUCCCUGGUGAGCGGCUGUGCAGUACGGAGGAGGCCACGGCUGGCAGCGGCACCUACACUCGUCAUGGCUUCAUCUUCUCCUCGCUGGCGGGCUGUCUGGAGAGAAAGAAUGAGGAAAACGAGCUGCCCGUGGUGUCGGUGGUGAGAGACAGCGAGUCCCAGCUCCUGCCCAACGUGGGGGCUGUGGUGACAUGCAAGGUCUGCAGUAUUAACUCUCGCUUUGCCAAGGUCCACAUCCUGUAUGUUGGCUCCACGCCGCUGAAAUCCACCUUCCGAGGCACCAUACGGAAAGAAGAUAUCCGAGCCACAGAGAAGGAUAAGGUAGAAGUGUACAAGAGCUUCCGCCCCAGUGACAUCGUCCUGGCCAAAGUUAUCUCCCUGGGGGAUGCACAGUCUAACUACCUGCUGAGCACAGCAGAGAACGAGCUGGGCGUGGUGGUGGCACGCAGUGAGGCAGGGGUGCAGAUGGUGCCCAUCAGCUGGUGCGAGAUGCAGUGCCCACGGACACACACCAAGGAGUUCCGGAAGGUGGCCCGGGUACAGCCCCAGUUCCUGCAGACAUAACACCAGAGGGGGCAGGGGGCUGCAGCACUCGGGCCUGUGGAGCCAGAGCAGCCCCUGGGCUCCCACCUUCUUCCUAGCUUCAGCCAGGCCUCCACUGGCAAGGACAGGUUUGCCACUUGUGGAUAAUAAAUUUUUUUUGAGAGCUUCCUGCUUUGUUCCUUAUAGUCAGUGUGGAAGCCAGGGCUAUCUACAGCACUCUGGUCUGCAGCAGCACAGCAGCUGAGGGAACAGCUUCCACAGCACCAGGGGCAGAAGGAAGCACAUUUUCGGUGCUGGUGAAGGGGAAUGAUAGACAUGAACAGCACAGAGCACUAGGUCGGCUGUGCAGGGCACUCACCUCACCAGUGGUUUCCCCACACUGGAAUCAAGCUUGGAACAAAGCCUGUCUCAGCACACCACUACCCAGUGUGGGCUGUGGCUGAAAACAGCCUGGGGACAUUAUCUCCUCAGGCCACAAAUGCAUGCCCUGCCAUUUGGAACGAGGGUGUGGCACACACAGAGCCCAAAAACCAGAGCAUGGCAGGGUAUCACCCUGUCGGGCAGAGAUUGCAGAGCUGAGCUUUGCUCCUUGAGCCUGGCACAGCUUCUGCACACUCGUGUGUGGCCAGCAGUGACUGCUGCAUGUGCACGUGCUGGCAGCAUGGAGCCCACAUGGCCCAGAGACACGUGGACACUU